GGGCUAAGAAGUCACGCUGCUGGAGUGAAAGGGGAAAGGUAUCCACUUACAAAGACACCCGAUAUCACUCGCAUGGCGCACGGGUAACCGGAUCAGCUUCGGGCAGAAACGAGGCGGGGUGACGGACUAAAUCUGAGGUGAAGAAUAAAAACAAUGUCUGUUUCCUCUACUGAAGUGACAGUGGCAGGCGAGAUCAAAAAGGAAAAUGUGAAGUACGCGGAGCCUCUCGAGAGCUCCACGGACAGUCGGGGGCACGUCAAAAUCCUGAUUCUGGACAGUCCAGUGGCCACCGGGAUGCUCGUCAGACAGCACCAGACGCAGACCUCUCCCUCUGAGCGCAAGAUGCCCACAAUGGACUCUUUGUCUGCGCACACUUCACCCGCAGCAGCAGGGACCUCUUUGGCUUUCUCACCGGAGCAGGUUGCGUGUGUUUGCGAGGCGCUUCAGCAGGGGGGCAACGUGGAUCGACUCGCCCGGUUUCUUUGGUCUCUCCCGCAGAGCGACUUACUGCGCGGGAAUGAAAGUAUUCUUCGCGCUCAGGCGCUGGUGGCUUUCCACCAUGCGCGUUACCAGGAGCUUUACAGCAUCUUGGAGAGCCACAGUUUCAGCCCCUCAUGCCACUCUGCCCUGCAGGACUUAUGGUACAAAGCCCGGUACACGGAGGCGGAGAAGGCCCGCGGUAGACCACUGGGCGCAGUGGAUAAAUAUCGCCUGCGACGCAAGUUUCCGCUUCCCCGGACCAUCUGGGAUGGAGAGGAGACGGUGUACUGCUUCAAAGAACGCUCAAGGAACGCGCUGAAGGACCUCUAUAAGCAGAACCGGUACCCGUCCCCGGCCGAGAAAAGGAAUCUAGCCAAGAUCACAGGACUAUCCCUCACACAGGUCAGCAACUGGUUCAAAAACAAGAGACAGAGAGACAGAAACCCGUCAGAGGCGCAGUCCAAAAGUGAGUCAGAUGGAAAUCACAGUACGGAGGAUGAGAACAGUAAAGGUCGGGAGUCUCUGUCCCCGUGUCCAAUGUCAACCUGUGCUGAUGGGACCAUAGGCAAUGCAGUUCUUCCUCUCUGUUCUGGAGAUCUGGAGGCCGGGGUCAUUGUCCAGCAGGCUGGAGACAGCAGGACCUCUGUCUCGCCACCAUCCGUCAUCUUUAACAGAGUCUCAGUCAACACUCCCACUUCUGUUUUCCACAACGGCACCCCUUCAUUUCUUUCCACCACAGGACAUGUCCUCUUCAGUGGCAUGAACUUGGGACUCCAGUCCCUGGUCUGCAGAUCAACGGCAGAUGUGGAAAUGGAUGAUAGAGGACAGGGUAAAGGGUUAACAGCGGAUCCUGCACUGGCGUACCCCUCAUUUCACUGCAGUGUGAAUGGGACAGACACAGAGGUGAAAGCAGAGGAUGUGAGGCAGGAUGUGUUGGUCCAGGACCAGACCACGUCCAUUAGCUCCGCAUUCCCUGUCACCCCAUCCAAUGGCUUGCAGCUUGAAGGUUACAACUUGGAUCCUAAAGGCAAUGGGACCUCGCUGCUUAGUAACAAGGUGGCACUUCCUCCCUUGCAGCUCUCAUCAUCUUCUUCACCCCCAUCAGUCACACAAGGCGUUGCUGAUGACAGUUCUCCUGCUCCUGCCUCUCUGUGCCACAACCAGGUGGAGAAGCAGGACAGGCUGCAGCUGACCUAUCUUGAGUCCAGCACAGCACUCUACAGUCUAAGUUGCGUUCACACACUGUCUGCUGUGAAGAAGGAACCUUUGGAGACUCCUGGAGGAUACCUUUACCACCUGGGUUACAGUCCUGACCCCACCCACAGCUCCCCCACCACACUUAACACCACCAUGACAACCACCCUUCAAGACUACACCACUCUCACAGUGAGUGCAGCCUUACUUGCCCAAACGGACCUUACCAGUGAGUUCAGAGGUCAUGAUGCCCAGAUGACCUCAAACCUAAAUGGAGACUUCCUAUGUGCGGUUUCAAAGGGGGGGAAGGGAGAGAUGAGAGCAGUCGAGGAUGAAGGGGGGAAACAACUGACAAAACUAAAAACAGUGCAUAUAGAGGAAGAGAUGACUGACCUCUGAAUGUGGAGAAGUGGAGAAGGAGCUAAAGUAUUUUUUUUUACAGAAAAUCACAACAUUAUUUUGAAUGAUUUUUUUUAUG